AUCCUCCAGACUCAAAUAAUACAUAAAACGGAAAUAUUUAAUUAUUUCCUGUGCGGUACCAAUUGGUCCCGCACAAGACCAAUUGUGCGGGACCGGUACCGGUCCACGGCCCCACUGGUAUAGAGUAUGUCUAUAUGAGCUUUGCACAUCUAGAGACUGGCAUUUUUCUCUUCCAAAUAUAGCUCAAGCCAGUUAGAUUUAAUGGAAAUUGUGUCUUUUCACAUGUUCCCGCUUUGAUUUAUGUGUCUGGACUUUGAUGUUGCCAUUCUGAUUCAUGAUUGUGCUUUGUUCUAGACCAUUUUGCUGCUGCUCUGGUUGUUUGUUUAGGAUCAUUUUCCUGCUGAAAAUUGAACCUCUGCCCAGUCACAAGUCUUUUGCAGCUAUGUUUUCAGCAUCCGCACAGCAUGAUAAUGCCACCGCUAUUUUUCAUCAUUAGCAUAUUCAGGGUAAUGUGCAGUGUCAGUUUUUCGCCACAUAUAGCAAUUUUCUUGUUGACAAAAAAGAAAAAUCUGUUUCCUUAUAACACACCAUUAUCCACUACUUUGCAUUGAUUUGCCACAUAAAAUCCCAAUAAAAUACACUAAAUCUUUGGUUGUAACAUGACAAAAUGUGGAAACAAAAAGGUUUCCAGCUACUGUGCUGUUAACUGAGAAUCUUACUAAAAAGGGUCCAUUUUAAUUCUUCUACACAAGUACAUUUGCAAUUUAUACAGUUUAUUCAACUGUAUUUGAAAAUACUAAUUGUAAUGCACAGUAAAACACAGUUAUAUUUUUAUACCAGAUUAUUGUUAUCCUGAUGUAAGAGGAUCAAUAGAAGAUGGCUGGACCUAACUGAAUAUGUAAUGUGAGUUAGAUGUCACUGAUGUGGAGUGUGAAGAUUGUUGGCCUGGGAGUGGUGGCCCUCUCUCUCAGUCUGGAGCUGCUUGGCUGGAUCUUUGGUCGCUGCAAGCGCAGAAGAACCCUCAACAAGGUCCUCUUCUUCCCGUCAAAGGUGGCUUGUGUGGAGCACUUGCUCAGCCAAAAUUCAGCUUGCUCAUGUUUCUGUCCACUGCCACACGGUGUAGAGACGUCUUUCUCUUGUCUCCUCCGCCACAUCCUCUCUGCCUCCUCCUCACUGGACCUGUGUGUUUUUUCUUUUUCAAACAUGGAUCUGAGUAGAGCUGUGCUCCUGUUGCAUAGCAAGGGCGUAACUAUCCGAGUCCUUAGUGACAAGCACUAUUCUGCCAUCACAGGCUCACAAAUAGGAGCUCUUCGCAAGGCUGGCGUCUGCGUACGAUGUGAUGCUGGCUCUGUGCACAUGCACCACAAGUUUGCAGUGGUGGAUGGCCGCCAGCUCAUCACCGGCUCCCUCAACUGGACGUUGACAGCAGUGCAGAGCAACAUGGAGAACAUCAUCAUCACUGAGGAGGCAGAGUUGGUUCAACCCUUCAUCAAGGAGUUCAACCAGAUAUGGACUCUUAAUGAUCCAGCUCGAUUCUAUAAGAGCUAAUAAGUGAUUAGCCAUGAUGGUCACUGACAGCUGGAGAUGUGUGAGCAAAAUUAGUUUAUUCAGCUUGCCUUGUAGAUCUUUUCUUGGUGUGUCACUGAAUCAAGUUCAUUUUAACCGAGUCAAGUUAAAAUGAUUCUGAGAUACUCUGAAGGGAAUUAGACUUGUUUAAUCAUUCAGUCGACAUUUACUUUACAAUUUGUUGUAGACUGUUUUAGUAUUUCUUUUUUGUUGCUAAAAACAAUUCAGUUUAGGUAUUAACCAAUGGACUAGUUUACAGAUGGUGACCCAGUAUUCUAAAACAACGUGUCCACCAGUAAACAGAAUCCCUAUUGUUUCAAUAUAGAUAAAUACAUGCUGUUGAUUUAACAAAAAAAAAAAUAUAUAUACUUGUUUUAUACCAUGUCACACAUUUAAUUUUUUUCUUAGCUCUUAGAUCUGAUAAUCUAAGAGCAGAGGUUUUUUAUGCGAUAGCAUUCUGCUGCAUGUUUAAUACAACUGUGGAUACAAGUUUAUGGAAAUCUUCAUAUAUGUUCAGCACUGAGUUGCAGUGGCUGUAAAAAAUGUAAGAUUAUUGUGUUUUGACUGGAGGCUCGUUGUAGCAGUCUUGCAUCAUUUUUCUACCAGGUGCAGUUUUUUUUUUUUUUGCUGUUGCUGUAACAUGUUUUAUGUUGUUCCGAAUUGUUUGUGUGCAUCUUUGCUUAUGGAUUUUUGAUGUGUAGAGGGGAUCUUGUUUAAACAUGAAACAUUUGACUUUUCCUGACUCUGCUUGUCCAACACUUUGAAGAAAAAAAGAAUCCGCUUGUCCGACUUUUUGUAUUUUAAAGAUCACGUCUAAAAUAUUAACAUCCUUGCAGCGGUAAUUUUCUAAAAUCACCGCUCUGUCAGGCUCUGUCAGCUUAACAGAAAGGUCAUGGGUGUGGGUAAAGGUUGUUGCUCAACAAUGUUGAAGUUUACUAAAUGUCAUGUACCAAGAGAGCACCUUCAAAACAAAUGUUGACCACAUAUGUCAAUGACAAUCAAUGACUGAAAAUGUGGAUUUUUCUUCCUUUCAAGA